AUGACAAACAAUAAUUUAACUAAAAAAAUUAUCUUGAUUGGGCUUAGUGGUUGUUCAUCCACAGGAAAAACUACCUUAGCUAAACUAGCCUCAAAAUAUCUUCCAAAUGCUGUUCUUAUCCAUGAGGAUGAUUUUUAUAAACAUGAUGAAGAGGUACCUUUGAAUACGAAAUAUAAUAUUAGAGAUUGGGAUUCUCCAGAAGCUUUGGAUUUAGCAUUAUUUAAAAAGGAAUUGAAUACUAUAAAAAAUACUGGCCAAAUAGCGACUAAGUUAAUACAUAAUAAUAAUGUCGAUGAUAUUAGCAAACAUACAUUAUCCGACCAAUUUUUGAAAGAGUUGGUAAACAAAACUCAAUAUAUUGAUAAAAAGUACAAGUUAGUUAUUGUAGACGGAUUCAUGCUAUACAAUAAUCAUGAUAUUUCUUCGGAAUUUGAUUUAAGAUUAUUUAUUCGCGCCCCAUACAAGACUCUAAAGAAGAGAAGGGAUGCAAGAAAUGGAUAUCAAACUUUAGAUUCAUUCUGGGUUGAUCCACCUUAUUAUUUUGAUGAAUUCGUUUAUAAAUCUUACGAGGAAAACCAUAGAUCAUUGUUCCAGCAUGGCGAUGUCGAAGGUAAAUUAACUACCGAAUCUUCAAAAGAAAUCAAAGACUUCAACAAUGACGAUGGUGUAUCAAUUGAAGAAUCUCUAUCAUGGGUGAUUGAUCAAAUUGUAUUUUACUGCAAAGAUUAA